UGAUCCUAACACUUAUGGCAUGACACGGGUCAAUCGCUCAGUAGGAGGAGACAUCUCGUUGAGGCUCCAGAACCUCCAGCUAGUCGUUAAUUCAAUACUUCAUUUCUAUCUUAACUCACAGCAGCAGCUAGUGCUGGCGCCACUCCCUGAUGUUGAUACCAUCGCACACAAACCAGAAUCUGAGAAGUCCCUCGAUGAAUUAGAAAGGCUCAUUAUUCUUCUCCUGGGGUGUGCCAUUCAAUGCGACCACAAGACAAACCUCGUGGAACAAAUGAAGAAUAUGGAAGUGGAGCAGCAACAAGGACUCAUCUUUUACAUACAAAAGAUCACUGAGACAACGGAGUUUGUUUGCUCAUUGGACUGGGAGCCUGAUGACAUGGCAGGGAUAGCAAGAAUGGAAUUAGAGGGUUUAUGUAGACAGGCUUAUCUUUAUCUCCAGCAGGUUGCUAAGGACAGGGAUGGUCUCUUUGAUAACCUCAUCGAUACUGUCCAAGAGAGGGACUUUUAUAAAGAUCAGCCGGGACAGUUAAGUGUGUCGUCUGUUAAAGCAAGCCCAUCUCCACAAGUUAAUCCUGAAUUGAUAGAAUUGAAGAAACAAGCAAGGGCGUACCAGGAAGACAUCGAUCAGAAGACUGACAUGAUUACUGAAAUGUCACAGUCUCUCGAGCAAGCAAAGGCUGCCAUACAAAAGCUACAUUCUGAAAAACUGGAACUUCUCGACGAUGCCAAGAGUGCUCGUGCACUAAGGGAUGAGUUGGAAGCCUUUAAAGUUCAAAGUGCCAAGAUGGAGAAGCUGGAAACAGACGUCACAAAAUAUCGUCAAAAAGCGGAAGAUGUCGAAUACUUAAAGAAACGAGUCCUUGAGCUCAAACAGCAAAAUGAGCUUAUGAUUGAGACAAAGACUCUCCUUGAACAGAAAGUGACUUCCCUGACCUCAAAAGCGGACACUGUUGACGACCUUCAGGUUGAAAUAGCAUCUUAUAAAGUACAGCUGGAUGCUCUCAAUCAAGAGAAGCAGAUGGACAUGGAGAGGAUAGAGGAACUGGUAGCACAAACCGCAAGACUAGACCUUGAGAACAAGAGCAAUCAAGAGCAGAUUCAGCAAUUGCUAUCAGAGCUAGAAACAGAGAGAGAAAGAAUGUCUGCAGCUGGCGUUGUCUCGGGCGGGAGCAGUGAGUCUAGUUUAGGAUUCGAGAUGUCUGAGGCUGAUCUUGCUCAAAGAGCCAAACUGAAUCGUCUGGAGAAGGAGACAAGAGAAAUGGAGAAGAACAUGGAGGCACUGAGACACGCUCAAGCUAAAGUAGCCGAACUAGAGAAGACAAACAAGAAACUCUACACCCAGAAUCACUCUGACCGUAAAGAUAUCAUUAAACUAAGAGAAGAACUUGAGAUGCUAAAAGUGAAGGCCAGCAGGGUAGAUAAGUUACAAGCAGAACUGACAGCUCAAAGAGAGAAGGUGGAGGAAGGGAGUCGCAUGCAGUCUCGUCUUAAGGAACUGAAAUCCCGUAAUGAACAGAUACUGGAGGCUAAAGCAAUGCUUGAGGAUGAAGUGGACAAUUUGCAGAAUAAAGUGACUUUGCUGGAAACGCUAAAGAGUGAAUCCGCUCAACUGAAAGUGCAGAUUGACACUCUGAAUACUGAGCAUAUUGAAGAUCAAGCUCGUGUGCAAGAGCUAAUGGAGCAGAAUGCUCAACUAGAGCUAGAGAAACAGAAAUGUUCCGAGAAGAUUGAUUUAUUAACUGCCGAGCUGAGCAAAGGGGGCGGGGGAGUGGGAGGAGCCAAGAUGACUGUUCUAACUCCAUCAAGAGUCAGCGAAACUGACAUGGCAGCAAAGGCUAAGCUCCAAAGACUUGAAAAGGAAGCAAAGGAAAUGGAAAAGACGAUGGAGUCUCUGAGACACUCUCAAGCUAAGGUGACUGAACUAGAGAAGAAGAACAAGAGGCUACAAGAGCAGAGCCACCUCGACAAGAAGGAGCUGGUCAAAUUGAAGGAAGAGCUUCAGAGCUAUAAAUCAAAGACUAGUAGGUUAGAGAGGAAGCAGUCUUCAGUUAAAAUGAACGAAAAUGAUAAGACUCAAGAAGUGGAGGCAGCCCAUGGGAAAAUUGCUGAGCUUAAGCAACAGAACUUGCUAUUAACUGAAGCAAAGAUACUAAUGGAGGAGGAGAUUAACAGUUAUCAGGCAAAACUUGAUAGAAUAGGUGACAUGCAGGGAGAGAAUGCUGCCCUGAAGGUGAGAGUAAGCAGUCUUGAAGAAGAAAGACAAGACGACGAGCAGAGGAUGCAAAGUCUAAUGACUGAGAACGCUCAACUCGAAAUGGAAAGAGAUAGAAAUCGUAAUGAUAUUGAGUCAAUGAAGACCGAACUGGAUAAGCUGAGACUAUCACUCUCAGUUGCCAGCUCUUCAGUAAAAAAAGAAGAGAAUAGUGGAUCAAACUCUCCUGUUAGACAGCUCCUGUCUGAGAAUGAACUUGCUAAUCGUGCAAAGCUCCUUCGUCUAGAGAGAGAUCAUCGUGACCUCCAGAGAACCUACGAACUGUACAAGCAAAGGACAGAGAGAGCAGCUGCCGAGAUUGAGAAAAAUAACAAGAAGUUGAACACCCAACUCCACACCGAGAGGAAAGAAGUGGUCAAACUCAAAGAAGAACUCAAACACGAGAAAGAUGUUGCCUCGACUCUAACCAAACAAGUGGAGCGGUUACAGAAAUCAGCAGCUAAUCCCUCGGAUCCUGUCACUGAUGGACGGGAGCAGAAAAAGAUAUCUGAUCUCAGUACUAAGUUUGACGAAGCUCUAUCGCAGUCUCUCUCGAUAAAAGAAGGGAGGAUCAACCAGCUGGAGGGAAGACUGACUGAGGUCAUACGAGAGAAUGAGUCACUGAGGAACGAAAUGAGCUCGUUAAAGAGGAGGAGUCCACUCAGCCCCACCCACCAGCCUAACACCAGCACCACACCGGUCCACUCUGUGAAGGAGCAGGAAGUGCUAAGAUUAAGAGAAAAGAAUGCUCAGUUAGCGGCCAGUUUUAAUGAUUCCAAGCACAUUAUGAAGCACCAGCAACACAAGCUAGACACACUCCAGGAGAGACAAGAGAUGUUGGAGCAACUCAAUCAAACUUUAGAGGAAGAGAAGAAGACACUUUUAAUGCAAGUCAAUAAACUCCUAGAACAAAACCAAAGCUUGCUUUACAAGACACUAGAGACUAAAGACCAUGAGUUAGAGGAAGAACGAAUAUUCUCUGACAAGUUAGGCGAGUUAGAGAAAGAGAAGAACAAGUUAUCAGAGCAGCUCAUCCACCAGCAGAAACAAACCAUGGCAAUGGAAAUGGACAUGCUGAGAAAGAGGGAAAAGAGCAAAAAUCUUUUAAAGAAAGGAUUGAAGAAACUGAAAAACAAAUUCCAAAAUAAUUCUUAUAAGAUCCCCGAGAUUGAAGGCGUAGAGCCAGCCUCAUCCACCUCUUAUUCUCCUCGCCACACCAUCAACUUCCCCCCAUCUUAUCUCGCUCGCGGAGGAGAUGGUUCUUCUCUCUCGUCGAACCAAAGCAUCUCGUCAAACUCCCAUCACUCCGGGGGCAGCAACGAGAACCUUGAUCCAAUGGGAAGUGCUCCAGACGUCAAUCAGUACGUGCCCCGUGGCCCGUUCCUCAAUACUCCAGUUACCCUUCGGCAAAGGAAAACUCAGUCUCUUAUUGUACCAUCCUCCACUGAUGUUCUCCCUUCCUCUCUCUCCUCUGUCUCUUACCUCCCUGGGGGUAUGAGGGAUAAGUCGUCGCCGGAUGUCAUGUCGCUCGAAGAGUUUCUCGCCGAAACUGUCAAGACGCCAAACAGACGGAAGCUUAUGGAGCUCAAGCGUGCCUCGAUAGCCACUCCUCCAGCCACGCCCAGAGGUAGUAUGCUCUUUGGCAUGAAUAAUCUUGGUCCUGGGGCUUCUAAUCCUCAUUUUGAUCAGGCUGACAUCACCGACUUCUUAAAGACCCUCCAGGGAACUGAUGAUACACUUUCCAUACCUGAGGUUGAUGAGGAUGACAAGCAUUCUUAUACUUCAUCUGGUUCCACCACUCAAGAGGAAAGUUAUGAUAAAAUGCUUCUUUCAAACUUAAACACCAACAACAAUAAUAAUAACAACAACAAUGUUUUUGUUUCUACAGUAUCAAGGGAUCCUGGAACUGUUCCCACGUCUAGUGCUCAUUCCUUUGUUCCUAAGGUUUCCUCCGUGGCCACUUCUUCGUAUUCUUUUCGUCCAAUUUCCACACAACCCUUUGUCCCAACCAGUCAGCCGGUCUCAUCGCGUCCCUUACCUGCCCCGCCUUCUCAUCGCCAAUCAAACGAGCCCGAGAAAGAAGACAUCAUUUUGACCCAGCCCCUUUCUUCCGGCGGGUCUGAGACAAGUCAAACCACACCCUCUAGAACCACCCACAACCUCUCGUCUCUUCCUCGUAGAGGCUCCAUCGAGCGAAAGAGGUUUUAUAAUUCUCUGGCUGAUCUCAACUCAAAGAAACAGUCCGAGAAACGGAAGACUCACAAAUCAACUGAAAACCUUCUCGAGGAAGUGGAGGACGAGGGGGCGGUGGCUAGUAAAAACAGGUCACGCCUUCAUAGUGCCGAUAGCCCUGUCGCUGGCGAUAACAAAAAGACAAGAAGAAAAUUAUUUUCUUCUUGGAGGAGGAACAGUUCGUCAACCACGCCUCCUUGUGAUUCUGACCACGCCCAUGUGGAAGGAGCGGUCGUUUAUGUUUAGCAUGAUAGAGACUCGUAUUAAAAUAUGGAAUAAAUUGGAGAUAAUUAUUUUUGUAAAGUUGCACUAAUCUUAUUGACAAUAUUAUUGUUCUUGUGUUAUAGUAAUGAUAUCUUGUGUACUUGUUGUCUUCAGG